CUCCUCCGCUGAAUUCUUGCGAACCGGUCCUUCGGCGAAUUCCCCCCUUCCCGCCCGCCAUGGCGGCCGAACCGGACAAGUACAACCUAAACCAAGAACCGGUUGAGUCCACCGCCGCCGCGUCCUCCUCGCCCUCCGCCAAUGGGGCGCCGCGCACUGCGUCCUGCUCCUCGCCCUCCGCCAGUGGGGCGCCCCGCGCCGCGGCAGCCGAUGCCGGAGACGAUGAACUCUCCUCUCGGCCACCUCCCGCUACCCUGCGCGUCGGAAGCUGCACCACCCUGCUGCAAAUCCGCGAGAAGCCCGGAGACGGAGACGGAAGCAGCGGUGGCACGGGCGGGCCGAGCUCCGCGGCGGUGGCGUACCGAAAGGGCAAGAAUCUCGCAAUUUACUCCCCGCCACACCCCUGUUCGAGCUCUGGCAGCAGUUCUUCCUGCGGGGCCGAGGUCGACUCAUCUGUCUCCGGGAACGCAGUUAGUCGAUGGGAGGAUACAGAGAAGCAGAUUAUUGGAAGAAAAGAAAGGAGGAUAACUGGGGCAUAUGUGAAUUGGCAGACGAUUCCAAUGAAUGAAGCGCUUGAGCAUUAUUACAGUGAUCCAGUUGAUCAGUCUAUGUCAGGACAAGGUUAUUUGAAUGUGAUGAACCUUCAGGAGGCCUACUCAGAAUUUAGGCCAGUCCGUGGAGAUGGGGAUUGUUUCUACAGGAGCUUCAUAUUUUCCUACCUUGAGCAAGUUCUUGAUAGGCAGGAUACAAGUGAGGAAGACCGUGUCCUUGAUGCAAUUGAAAGAGUAGCUAGUAGAUAUGCACAUCUGACAUGGACCUCCAGAUUUUCUGUGAGCCGCAAAGCAUUUGAGAAGCUGAUAAAAAACGUAAUGGAAUGGAAGAGACAGAGGGAUACCUCAGCAUCAAGUAGCAGCUAUUGUGAGGAUAAACUUCUGGAGUUCUUCAACUCGGACACAAUAAUGCAACCAAUUUUUGUUUUUCUCAGAUUAGUAGCAGCUGUCUGGAUAUGCUCGCACAGUGACUACUUCGAGCCUUUAAUAGCUGAUCUGGGAGAAACUUAUAAUCUGCAAGAUUGGUGCUUUCAAAAUGUCAUUCCAUGUGGUGAGUGGACAGAUCAUCUUGCAGUAAUGGCUUUGGCAACAGCCCUAGAGAUACCACUGAGAGUGAAGCAUCUGAAUGGUGGACCUGCUCAAGAUAUCUACACUGGUCAGGGAGUUCCUGUUGUUCAUGUGAUCUUGUUAUUAUACUCGGGGAAUUAUCAUGACAUCAUCUAUCCAGUCCGUUCAUCUUCUGAGACACUGUCAGUGCCCGGCACAACAAGUGAUUCCCAGUGCCAGUCCUACGAGGAAGUCGGGACAGCAUCGCUGCCCAGCGCGGCACGCGGCCUCACAUGCCAGGCGCUGCCAGGCACAGCAGGCGCUGUCCCGAUGCUAAUCCGCCCAGUCUGGCAUGAAAAUUCUGAGGAAGAGCUGGAGGGGCUUCGGCUACUUCUGCAACAGGGAAGUGUCACAAUUGCACUGGAUAUGGAAUUUAUGAGUACAGAAGGGAACCAAGUUCGCCCAGGAACAAUGACUAAGUGGUAUAGCAAUGUUUGCGAUUUGGUCAAUGGAGGGGAUGUUCUUCAACUAGGGCUGGCCAUUUCUCUUGAUACCGACUCCCCCCCUGAAGCAGUUCGUGUGAAUGAGAUAAAUCUGCAAGUUGAUGUCAAUAGCCGGCCGUACAACAAAGACACGAUCAAGUUUCUAACCAAUCAAAAACAUAAUCUUGACGCCCACAACACUGGUGGGGUCCCUCCCGCACAGCUAGCGGAUUGGUUACUGAAUGAGUUUGAUAGGUUUUAUGACCGGGAGGUGACCUGGGUUUUCUUCCAGGGAGACUAUGAUGUCGCAUUUCUGUUAAAUCUGGUCAGAAAUUUCUUGCCAGCUACCCUUGUUGAACAUAUGAGGAGGUAUACCUGCUCUCUACCCCAACUCUAUGAUGUUCGGGUAUUGUCGAGGAUUCUAUUUGGUAAAGAUGCAGGCAGUCUUGACUGGUUGGCAGAUAAGAUCAAUGUUCAGCGGACCGGCAACAGGCACUCAAGUGGAUCGGAUGCCCUCCUUACACUGGACUGUUUUUUUGAGCUGAGGAGGCGCCUCGGAAUUGACAGCAUACAACCAUUGAGGGGGGUUCUCUGUGGAUUAUAUGAUGUCGAUCACAUCAUCAGUAAAGCCCUCCCCAUGGGACAUGCCAAUCUCCAGGAAAUCGAGGUUUGGCGUGACAAUUUUGAUAGAGAAGCAGCUGUUAUUGCACAAGCAGUGCAGAGCAACUACUAUAUUGUGGGAGUAGAUGUUUGCUUCAGUCCAGCACUAGGUCACAGGCUCUUCCAUGAACAUUUGCAAGGUUGUUUUGAGCUCAUGGUGGAGGCACUCACUGCUGUGGGACACUAUGAAAUCUCACUAGCUCUUGUCAGCUACACUGGGCAGCUUCCAAUGGGAAGGUGGUGGAGAUUCCACGUAUCCGAGUCCAUUGACACUGAUGCCGCCAAGUACAUUCACUUUCCAAAAUUUGUUGAACUCAUUCACAGAUGCAACCUGAUUAAUGAUGAAAGAAUAAUAUGGGCCACCUAUGAGGGAGCAGAAUGUAUUGCAAGCCUCUGUCGUAUGGUGCAGCGCAGCGGCACCCGAACAGGUAUACCAUUGACAGUGUGUGGUUACCUACGUUGUCGGAGCUCCAUGUUCCCUUCGCUAUAUGAUAUUGGUCUGCUGGUGUCUCGGGAAAAGGAAAAUGCUUUGGCUGACAUUGCUCGUCCAUUGGGCUUGUCUGUCCCUGGCAACCAGUCUGGCUGGAAUGCUGUUUUGAGUGCGCAGGUUAUGGUUCGGCUGAGAGAACAAUUGGAGAAGUCGGAUGCCCUUCUCCUGGUCUAUAAAGAUCACCGCGGGAAACUGUUAGCCAGAUGCUGUCCGAGUUUCCACUUGCACCACUGAGGAAGAGCAUUCAAUGUUUAGUGAGGUGCAUUCCACAAUACACAUAGCUUGAUGAAGUAGGUAGGUGUAUACUUGUGCAUUACUGUGCUAGAAAUUGGAUUGAUCUGUAUGUGUAUACUUGUGCAUUAAUGUGGUAGAAAUUCAGAGCA